UAUCCGUCUCUUUAUUUUGUAUUCUAAGCCCUGCCAAACGGGCCAUAAAAACUUUCGUGCUCAAUUGCGUUUAUUUUGUCUCUAUCCCAGCCCAUUUGGGGUAUAAAGGUCAAUUUGUACAACACCUCAUAGUCUAAUGUCCAAAUAGUAUUAAAUGUGUAGCAAUCUUUUAGAGCACAUGCCCUCACAAUCAUCUAAUUUGACAGCUUUUGUAGAUAACCAGCCAUAGUUUUUAAGCAACUUUUUUCUACAAAACCAUAUAAAAGUUUAUCAAUUCAAGAACCCCAACUGCCUUUUUUUUCCUUGUGAAUUUGUGGCAAAUAUGAAUCUCAUUGGUGAAUCUUUAGAGCCCUUUUUGUUCAAAGAUGAAAAUCUUGAGCCUGGAGAAUUGAUGGAGGAAGGCUGGUUCUUUGGCAAUUUGCUUGACAGAAAAAAGAGGAUGUUAAGAAGUUAUUCUGAUCCUUGUACUUCCUUAAACACCACUUUCUCAGAAAAAUCAUACGAGGAAACGUACAAAUCGAUCGAGAAACUCUCGGUAGGGAUGGAAUUAGAUCAGCCUAGUUUGAUGAGGACACCAUCAAUGCCAGAAAAAGGAAGUGUUCAUCGAACGAAGAAAUCAAAUGGACAAGUUAAACGUGUCGAUUUGCUUCGUGCACCGUCUUUGCCAACUUGCUCUGGAGAAGAGGAAUUUCAAGAUGAAGAGAGUGAUUUUUCUAUGGGAAAGUUAAUUAGGCAAGCUUCUUUAAACCAUUCAGACAGAAAAACUCCCACAAAACCUGCUUCAAAGAGUUUGACAAAAAAAUCCAGCAUUACAAGGCAUUCUUCACAAAGAAAGCCAGAUAUCGAAACCAUUGACAUGGAGGGCUAUUCGGAGAUGAAACAGAAACACCUAAUUGAUCAGGCAAUGAAGAUGCAAAAGAGCAAUGAUAUACGAGGUUUUAGAGAUUCGAGGUUAAGUUACAACAAAAGAGACUCAAAUCCAAAUGUGCUAAAAACACUUGAAGAAUACGAAUAUUUUUCUGAGACGUGGCACGGAGAGAGCUCAGCCCCUCCAAUUCCAAAAUGGGUCGACAAAAGAUCGAACAAAGACAUGAAAGCGCAGAUUAAAUUUUGGGCUAGGGCCGUGGCAUCUAAUGUGCGCGCCGAGUGUUGAAACUUAGACCACCUUGGAUGGAUUAGCUUCACAAAAUAAGUACAAAGCACAUAUAUACUUGUAGGGAUGAGUUGAUCAGAUAGAAUUCUAGCUGUUGGCCAUUUGCAAACAUAUGAUCACUGUCACACAAUUUCUCUAACAUAUUGGGAAAUUCUGAAUAUUCUUUGCUAAACCAAUUUCAUGCUGAUUCUUUUUCCAUUUCAAAGGAUUCGAAGUUUAAAGUUUCCGAAUAAUCAUUUAGAAUUU